AUGCCUCUCACAGCGCCCUUGGAAGAAAAAGAGGCAUACAUCUUGAAGUUCUGCCGAGACAAAAGCUUUAAGAACACAUACUACCACACCGCAUCGAAACAGCACGUUUCAAUGCCUCCACCGGAACCAGGAGAAUUACAACGGUCUCCCAGCACCGGUCUCAAAGCUCGUUUGGAUAAUGUGACGAAAGGCAUUCUUGGCUCAAAAGCAGAUGAUCUUGUGAUUGAUGAAUACAGAGUCUGUUGGGAUGGGGUUACACCUAAUCAAGACUUCGUCAUUACCCCUCAUCCACAUUGCAAACGUUUGUUUAUUGCAACGGGUGGCUCAUUCCAUGGAUGGAAGUUUAUGCCGACUAUUGGAAGAUACGUUGUUGAGAUGAUGGAUGGUGUCCUGGAUCCAGAGCUCGCCAAGCGCUGGGCUUGGGAGAGGGGAGCGGAGGGUGGUGCUCACAAAGGCCUCCUACCUCAGCUUGAGUUGAGAGAUCUGUAA